AGAGAGGGAGAGAGAGAGAGAGAGAGAGAGAGAGAAAGAGAGAGACUGCAACAUGCUCGGGCGAGCGAACGCAUAGCUAUUGAUGCCAAUCCGGUGUAACCAAUAUGGAGCUUACAAUGGAAAAUAUUGGGAAUAUCCACGGCGUGACCCAAGCCAGCGAGCUGAUGAAUAGUUCCCACAACCGCUCGGCUUCUCACCGUAGCCUCUCUUCCCACGGGCGGCCUGCGAUGGUGUCGAGCAUGGCCUCCAUCCUGGAGGGAGGCGAAUACCGUCCGGAUCACAGCCUGUCGGGUCCGCUGCACCCCGCCAUGAGCAUGUCGUGUGAGAGUCCUCCCGGGAUGAGCCUGAGCAGCACCUACACAACGCUGACUCCCCUCCAGCACCUGCCACCCAUCUCCACGGUGUCGGACAAAUUCCACCACCCUCACCACCACCACCACCAUCACCACCCGCACCCGCACCAGAGGCUGGCGGGCAACGUCAGCGGCAGCUUCACCCUCAUGAGGGACGAGAGGGGGUUGCCGUCCAUGGGUAACCUCUACAGCCCCUACCACAAAGACAUGGCGGGCAUGGGCCAGCCGCUGUCCCCUCUCUCCAACGGCCUGGGAACAUUGCACAACUCACAACAGUCCCUGACCCCUUACGGCGGGCACAUGGCCAACGAGAAGAUGCUGUCUCCCAAUGGCUUUGAUUCCCACGCUGCUAUGCUCUCCAGGGCCGACGAGCACCUCACCAGGGGUCUGGCCGCCCCAGGAGCCGGGAUGAUGGCACAUCUCAACGGGAUGCACCACCACGCUCACCACCACGGCCAGACCAACGGCUCCAUGCUGUCGUCUGAACGCGACCGCCAGGCGUCCGUGUCCGGCUCUCAAGGCAACACCUCCAACCAAGUGGAGGAAAUCAACACCAAAGAGGUGGCCCAACGGAUCACAGCCGAGCUCAAACGGUACAGCAUCCCGCAGGCCAUUUUUGCACAGCGUAUUCUGUGCCGUUCCCAGGGCACCCUGUCAGACCUGCUGAGAAAUCCCAAACCCUGGAGUAAGCUCAAAUCCGGGCGGGAAACCUUCAGGAGGAUGUGGAAGUGGCUCCAGGAACCCGAGUUCCAAAGAAUGUCAGCCCUGAGGCUUGCAGUGUCUACGCGAUCUCGCAAUGCAAAGAAGUCUUCAGGAGUUGCCACUGGUGCUGUAAAGCACAUUCUCAGCCGGAAGAGUGGGCCGACAGGAUUUAAAAUCCUCCACGGUAGAGAUGAAAGGUACGGCAGAUGUUGGUAAGGGCGGCAAGGGCUACGGGGAGAAGGCAGGAGAAUGGGGUUGAGAGAGCAAAGAUAGGUCAGCCAUGAUUGAAUGGCGGAGUAGAUGGGCCAAAUGGCCUACUUCUGCUCCCAUGACUUAUGAACUAAUGUUUACAUUGGGCUGGUUCACCUCUAAACCAGUCCUGUCGUCCAACCAGUUUUAUUGUUGCCCAGACAAGACCAGACCAGACCAGACCAGACCAGACCGGACCAGACCAGUCCGGACCAGACCAGACCAGACCAGACCAGACCAGACCAGACCAGACCAGACCAGACCAGACCAGACCUGACUUCAAUGAUAUAGUGAGAAAUUACACUUGUUGUUUGUACUUUACUGAAUAAACCUUCAGGAUCCUUAGGACUCUUCAAGGUUUCCGUAUCGUACUCCUCAGCCUUCCUCUCAAGGAGGUAAGUAUUUUUAUUAAAGGAAACCUUGGCGUGACGAAGAUGCAGGAUUUUCACAACUGACCAUUCUAACAACUUAGAUGCCCGCUGGAUACCGUCCAUCUGAUCUGCAUGUUGGCUAGUUACUAUAACUUGCAAUUUGUAACUUUCAUCUAAAGUCUUCAUAGAAUAUAGAACAGUACAACAGAGGAACAGCCCCUUUGGCCCACAAUAACCUUGCCAAAUGUGAUGCCACUAAAUCAUCUUCAUGUGAUCCAAAUCCAUUCCCUACAUAUCAAUGUGCCAGUCUGACAGCCUCUCAAACACCACAAUCAUAUCUGCCUUCAGGCGCUCAUCACUCUCUGUAACGUUUUUCCCGCACAUCUUCGUUAUGCUUUGCCCCUCUCAUCUUAAAACUGUGCCCUCUAUUUUUUGACAUUUUCACCCUGGGGAAAACAAGUUCUGACUGCCUAGCCCAUCCGUGCUUUAUUCCGUUUCAUGAAAAGUACAGCUCACUCUCCUGUCUGUUUGCGGACACAUCACAGGCUAUGAUCAGGUUUAGUUCAUCAAGAGAUGUAGAGAUUCAAAUCAGAUGUCUUUCACACAAGUAUCCCUUAACGCACAAUCAUUGCCACAUAUGGCAUGGGAAAAACCAUUAACACUGUGAGGUUAAAGUUGACACAAAAAGCUGGAGUAACUCAGCGGGACAGGCAGCAUCUCUGGAGAGAAGGAAUGGGUGAUGUUUCGGGUCGAGAUCCUUCUUCAGUAAAUACCAGCCAUCUCAAAACCCACAGCAUUUGGCAUGUUACUGCCCAAACGCACCAUGCUUAGAUAAAUAUAGUUUGAACAGCUAAUAUUGCCGCUCAAAUAAUACUUCCAUGUCCCUGCUCAUCUACCAUGCCAUUAUUAUACAGAGCACACCAUUGAUUAACAAACAUCUAAAUGCACAACGGUUUAGUUUAGAGAUACAGCUCAGAAACAGGCGCUUCGGCCCGCUGAUCCCUGCACACUAACUCCAUUCUAUACACAUUGGGGACAAUUUUUCAUUAUAUACUAAGCCAAUUGACCAACAAACCUGUGCAUCUUUGGAGAUGUGGGAGAAAACCAGCACCCGGAGAAAAUCCGAACAGGUCACGGGGAGAACAUAAAAACUCUGUACAGACAAGCACCUGUAGUCAGGAUCCAACCCGGGUCUCUGUUGCUGUAAGGCAACAACUCUACUGCUGCACCACCAUGCUGGUGUCUACAAAAACCUUCCUUGGUGCAUGACAUAACACAUGGGGACAUGUGGCCUUGAGAAUUAUCACAGUCACCAGCAGAAAAUCGAUUCCAUAAUCAUAAAUACGUUGGAGGCGGCACAGUGAUGCAGCUGGUAGUGCUGCUGCCUCAUAGCACCAGAGACCCGGGUUUGAUCCUGACCUUGGAUGCUGUCUUUGUGGAGUGUGCACGUUCUCCAUGCGACAGUGUGCAUUUUCACCGGGUGUUCCAGUUUCCUCCCACAUCCCAAAUACGUUGGGGUAUGUAGGUUUAUUGGCCCUCUGUAAAUUGCUCCUGAACGGGUGAUCGAUCACCGUCCUGGACUCAGUGGGUCAAAGGGACUGUUUCCGUACCGUAUCUUUCAGUCAUUUCAAUCGAUCAAAUUAGAAAAGAUCAUUUACUUUGCUAAGACAAGACGAACUAUGUGCAGAAGAUCUGUAUGUAUUUAUAUCUGGAUACAUGUGUCUUCAAUCCCAUAAUGGUUGAAUGGACCAUGGUUAGGGGGGGAUUAGGAUGCAAUUUAUUGGAUUCUGCUUUCGAAAUCCAGUUCCAUUGAGUUGACUAGAAUGAAUUCAGUGGCAAUGUGGUGAGAUGACCUGAGAAAGGCACAAAAUGUUGCAGUAUCUCAGCAUCCCAGGAGAACACGGAUAGGUGACGUUUCAGGUCGGAACCCUUCUUCAGACGGAUUGCAGGGCGGCUGAGAUGACUGCGUAGUAUUUUUAACCAGUGAAUUAUCUCAGAACAAUUGGCAGCACACUGGUGAGAGUGUAGAAAAGACACACAAAAAUGUUAGUGGGACUGGGGGGGCUUGAAUUAUGUGGAGAGAGCAGACAGACAGAGUCUGUUUCCGCAAAUGAUCUGGGUCAGGAUUCUGCUCUCCCCCCCGGUUUAGAGCAGCAAAAUAAAGGAAUGAAGUAAAAAUAAACCGGCUCGUUAUUUAUUGAAGCGCGGGACUCGAUAAGCAAUGGCUGACCUGCACAUUGUUUAAUGGAAUCAAAUGUCUUGUCGGCAAUGAGAUUAGUUGCUGCCUGUUGCAGUUAUGAAUUAUUUACAUGCAGAGCUGGCCUGAUCAGUGAACUGCAACCAUGCACAGAAGACCCGGUACAAUAGUACAGACAAGUAUUUUCUCUAAGAAAGCAAAACAUUUGGCUUCAUCUGCUGGUGAUGCAAAAAGCCGUGGCUUCUAAUGCUGACAAGCAUGUAUUUUUUUUUGUCGGAGAGGCUGGCUCUGAUAUUGAUUUUUUUUUUCUAAUUAUGGCGAACAGGACUACACAACAAAGAGGCAGAGAGUGUAAUAUUUUAUCUCUGACGCCGUUAUACGUAAUAAAAGAUUUUAUGUUGAAAACACACCGGCCUAUAAACUCGGGUUCACCCAAAAGGUCGAAUGAGAUGUGUAGUAAGGAAUUGCAGAUGCUGGUUUAAAACCGAAGAUAGACACAAAAUCGCUGGAGUAACUCAGCGGGACAGGCAGAAUCUCUGGGAAUGGGUGACGUUUGAGAUGGAGACCCUUCUGCAGACUGAACUAUAGAAGUCUGAAGAAGGGUCUUGACCCGAAACGUCACCCAUUCCUUCUCCAGAGAUGCUGCCUGUCCCGCUGAGUUACUCCAGCAUUUCCUGUCUAGCUUAGAAUAAAUGAGAUGUGAGGGAAAGCUGGUGACUGCUCCAGUCAUUGGACCCAGUGUCUCGUGAAUGACCCAGAGGUUGAUUUAUAUCUGUAGCAUCAACAAUGGUAGCACAGUGGUCCAGCUGCUGGGUGCCAGAAACCCGGGUUUGAGCCUGAUCUCAGGUGUUGUCUGUGUGGAGUUUGCACGUUCUCCGUGUGACUGUGUGGGGUUUCCUACAGGUGCUCCGAUUUCCACCCACAUCCCAAAGACGUGCGGAUUUGAAGGUUCAUUAUCCUCUCAGCAUCCGAAUCCAUUCUAUCAUCACAGAUACAUUAGAGGUGGCGCAGUGGCACAGCUGGUAGGACUGCUGCCUCAUUGUGCCAGAGUCCUGGGUUGUGUGGUGGCAGAAGGAUGUACGGGACAGAAGGGAUUAUCUGAAGGUUUUGCAGUCCACCACUUCACUGGGAAGUUGGGAAGACCUCAGUGGCACAGCGGCCUUACAGCACCAGAGACCCUGGUUCGAUCCUGUCAAUGGAUGCUGCCUGUGUGGAUGCUGUAGCAUUCACCCUCGGACCUCGUGGGUUUUGUAUGUGUGCUCCGGUUUCCACCCACAUUGCAAACCCGUGCAGGUUUGUAGGUUAAUUGGCUUCUGUAAAUUGUCACUAGUGUGCAGGACAUAGAACUAGUGUGCGGGUGAUCGCUGGUUGGUGUGGACUUGGUGGGCCGAAGGUGCCAGAGAUCCGGGUUCAGACCUGACUCCAGGUGCUGUCUGUACGGAGUUUGCACGUUCUCCCCAUGAUCGCGUGGGUUUGCUCCAAGAUCUUCGGUUUCUUUCCGUAUACCAAAGACGUACAGGUUUGUAGGUUAAUUGGCUUGGUAUAAAUGUAAACUCUCCCUAGUGUGUGUGUUGGGUUAAUGUGCGGGGAUCGCUGGUUGGUGCGGACUUAGUGGGUCGAAGGGCCUGUUUCCGCGCUGUAUCUCAAAUCUUGACUAAACUAAAUCAGGUUAUCCCUGGAAUUUUCAGCAAUGAACCUUACUGUGAUGCAUGAUCCAAGUUCCCCUGCAAUGAUACAUGAAUGGUUUCAUCAGAUGCACUGCAACCCAUAAACCAUGACAGGGACGUAAACUUUAUUCAUGUCAAGAAGCCCCGGGUUGAAUUGUGAAAAUUGCACAAAAUAACUUGCACAUGUUCACAUUACAUUUGCUCUGAAGAAAAAUGACUUUCAAAGGUUCAACGUUUUUUUUAUUGUCACUUGUGCCAAUUAAGGUGCAGUGAUAUUCGAUGAAGUGAGCAACAUUAUGCAAUCAAAUUUCUUGACAAUCCUCUUUAAAAACCCAACCUAAAGUACUUGAGGGACUUUUAGAAAAUACCUGGAAAAAAUAGUAGUUUGCAGUUCUUUUAAAAUCUAUUAAAGAUUGGAAAAUCAUCGUUGUGCUCAGAUUUCUUAUUUGUAAUAUCCCCCAAAUGAUAUUACAUCUGUAACUAUUAGUUUUGUACGACACAUUAAAGAAUUACAGAUGAGCAAAGUUUAAAGGAGAUGUGUGGGGCAAGUGUUUUACAUAGUGAGUGCCUGGAACGCGCUGCCAGGGUUGGGUGGUGGAGGCAGAUACGAUAGUGGCAUUCAAGAGACUUUUGGAUAGGCAUGUGGAUACGCAGGGAAUGGAGGGAUAUUGAUUACUUGCAGGCAGGUAAUCUCGGCACAGACAUUGUGGACUGAAGAUCCUGUUCUUGUGCUGUACUGUUCCGUGUUCUAUGUUUUAUAGCAAUUCACUUGUCUCUACCACAGUGCUGUACAAUUGACACGACUCUAGAUUGAUCAGAACAGAUGUGUCAAGGGUGGAAUACACGACAGGCUGUGCUCAUGAUAGAAGGGUCGUACAUUGAAAUGAAAUGAAGGGAGGUGAAGGCACAUACACAAUUGCCAACUAUAAAGUACUGUAUCUCCAUUUCUUACACAAAUGGUAUACAGUCUCUAUCUGGCAUGUGGGCGAUAAGAUGUUUCUGUUAAAUGUAGAUGAUAUUUUAUAAACAGAUAUUAUUCUUUGGUUGAACUGAAGUAUAUAAAUACAGAAUCUUGAAUAAAUAAAGACUAUGGUGCUUGCAAACUGAAGGACGUUUAUAAAUAUAGCAACGGUGGCACAGCGGUAGAGUUGCUGCCUUCCAGCACUUGCAGCGCCAGUGACCCAUGUUCGAUCCUGACUAUUGGUGCUGUCUGUGUGGAGUUUGUACGUUCUCCCCGUGACCACUUGGGCUUUCUCCGAGAUCUUCGGUUUCCGCCCACACUCCAAAGACAUACAGGUUUGUAGGUUAAUUGGCUUGGGUUUGUAUACUUGGUAUA